AAGAAGUAUAAUCAGGACUUUGCAAGCUGCCAUUAUGUUCUACUAGGUGAGCUUCAUUUCAGAAAUAAAUUUGACAUGAAGAAUAGUUAAUUGAAUAUAGAAGUACAGCUUACCUCAAGUGUAUGGCAGUAAUGGAAGGUGAAGGAAUUGUAGCUAUGGAAUAUAAUUUGGAGGAUAUUGGAACUAAACCAAUUAUGGAGCUUGGGGUACAUAAUUCUGGAUUCCAUGAGCAUUUCAUUGAGAUGAUACAUUGUUUUGGAUAUCAGAGUUCCAAAGGACCAAACCUUCAACUCUUAGAUCAUAAUACAGCUAUUAUAGCAGCAGGUUCCUUUGCUGUUCUGUUAAAUAUAAAGACUAAGGAGCAAAGGCAUUUACAAACUGUAUGUGGAGGGUCCGUGGGACAUAUUAAUGUUCAUCCCAAUCAUUCUUUCUUUGCUGUGGCUGAAAAGGGAAAGAAUCCACCAAUAGCGAUUUUUGAUUUUCCAUCAUUAAAUAUUUUCAAGAUUCUUACAGGUGGAACCAGCAAAUCUUAUGCCUUUGUUGAUUUUAGCCCUGAAGGAGAUCUACUUGCUUCAAUUGGAGGAGAACCAGAUUAUUUAUUAACCAUAUGGCAGUGGAAGAAGGAGUCAAUUUUAUUAAGAACAAAAGCUUACUCACAGGAUGUCUACAGAGUAACAUUUAGUCCAUUCCUUCAAGGUCAGCUUACCACCAGUGGAAUGGGACACAUAAAGUUUUGGAAAAUGGCACAAACCUUUACAGGAUUGAAACUACAUGGAGAAGUAGGAAGGUUUGGAAAAGCUGAAAUAUCAGAUAUUCACGGUUACAUUGAAUUACCUGAUGGAAAGGUUAUAUCUGGAUCAGAAUCUGGAUUAUUAUUGUUAUGGGAUGGAGCUUUGAUUAAGGCUCAGAUUCGUCAGAAAAAUGGAAAACCUUGUCAUAAUGGUAUCAUAUACCAGGUUCUACUGGAAGAAGGUGAACUGUAUACCAUAGGAUCUGAUGGCUGGAUAAAAGUAUGGGAUUUUGAGAGUAUUGAUGCUGCAGAUCCUGAAGAAGAAGCAGGAUUUUUGGAGCUAAGUGCAAUGAAUGAGCUCUUGGUAGAAAAUAAAGCAGAUCUAAGACAUAUUGUGAAAUCAUUAGAUUCUUCCGAUGAUUGCAUAUGGUAUGCACAGGAUGGAGGUGGUGCAUUAUGGCAUUUGGACAUGUCAUUUGGUCUGACCAUGAAAACUCCAUUCAGAAUCUUUGAAUACCCUGGAGGAUCAGUGACAGGGUGUAUGAUGUCACCUUCAUCCCAUUUGUUAGCUGUGUCUGACACUAAAGGAAUUGUGAGAAUAUAUGACACUUUGUCAAGAGAAAUGUUUUUGAAAAGAUGUUUUGAAAAUGGCACCACAUGUCUUCUUUGGCUACCAUUAUCUGUUGAUCAUGAAGGAGCUUCAUUUUUGGUUGGAUUUGAAGAUGGGGUUGUAAGGUGGUUAGCUGUUGCACCUGACCAAAGUAAAGAAAAACUACAAAUUAAGCUAGUACAAGCAUCUAAACCACACAGUUCCUGUUUAUCAUGUCUUUCCAUCAAUUCAACUGGCACAAUGUUGGCUACAGGAAGUUAUGAUCACACCAUUUUCUUCUUUCUUAUUUCCUCACAAAAAUUUUCACCACUUGGGUUUGUUCAUAUUGGUAGUCCAGCUAUUCAUUUGGUAUGGAUACAAUCAUCAUGGAAAGAAGAAUCCAAUGACAUUGUAACAUCUGAACACCUAAGUUUGGAGCAGGAAUGCCAACUAGCCCAAAAAAUUCAAUAUCAGAAGCAACUUGAGGUACAACGUCAGACAAUUCAACAAAAAAUGGUUACCCUAAAGCAGAAUUUUAAUAAAUUGCUGCAGAAAGAUGAGAAUUCUCCAGUUUAUUUCAGAGUAGAAAAACAGAAAUAUGCUGUUGAUCCAAAGAUACGUGAAGCUCUGAAACUUGAAAGAGAUAGAAAUAAAGAAUGUGUGAAGAUGCAGUUUACCUGGGAAAAGGAAAAACAAGCUAUUGCGCUUCAAAAGUUGGAAAAGUGGUUCAGAGAUCCCAUUGAAUGGGAAUUGGUUACCUUAAAAGGUUUUUUAUCAAAAGAAGAACUUUCAACAUUUAGAAUGACCUAUCUGCCAAAACAGUUAAGACAAGAGAUAGAGAAAUUCAAAAUGAGAGAUUUUCUGAUGGAAACUGACACUAAAAAUUUGGAAUCAGAAAUUAUUGGAUCAAGCCAAAAUUUGGCUGAAAAGGGUUCCAUUUCAUCUGUGAAAAGGACCUCUUCUGACAGCAGGAGCAGAUCUGUCUCCAUCAAACACAAACUUGAUGAUAGGUUAGUUCGAGCAGCUCAGAAACUGGAUAUAAAACAGCAGAGAAAAAUCACAAGACAAGCUAAGAUCCUGUUAUUUUUUGUCAUGGCAUUAGCUAUGCAAUCAGCUGUUGGUUUAUCCACAGACAACUUCACUGAUAACUUCAUGUGA